CCCGCUGAUCUCUGCCCAUCCACCCACCGCCAGACUAGACACACAGACUAGAAACGAGCGCAACCCUGCCGGCAUGGCGACCUCGCUUAUCCAUCCAGCUGCCAAACCCUGGUAACGGCGGCGGUGCGAGGUUGCUGUGUGUGUGCUGUGCUGCGUCUGCCUGUGUGUGCUGCUGCUGCUGUCGUCUUCUUUUCCCAUCAAUCUCUUUCUUCCAUCAUCACGCACCCACCACCCCUUCCCACCCACCAGCCCACCGCCCGACGCACUGAUAUUGGCCCAUUGAUCGAUCCAGUCAAUUCAUUAUCCCUUCGCCGCCGUCUCGUUCGCUUGCAUGCCGCAUCCACCCCCUUCACAAAACUACCUCGGAUUCAACCUGACUGGCUGCACCUCAGCCCACUAGACGGUCAGACCCACCACUUUUCGUUCCUGUCUGAGAUCUAUCUAUCCUUCCAUCUGGAGAUCCGAACCACCUCCCAGUCGUCACGGGAUCCCGCCUCUCUCACUCUCUCCUGCCUGCAAAUUGCCUGCUGCCUACUGCAUCCACCUACACGCACCUGUCCCAUGCCAUAUCGCCCAGCGCUGCAUUUCCAUUGUCGUUGUUGUUGCAAGAGGAGGAUUCUGCCUUUAGACGUCUCAUCUGCCCGUCAGUCAAUCAACUCCACCUGGUAGCCGCUCCCCCGCCGCCGCCGCCCCCGCCGCGCCCUCUCUGUUGGCACCACCGCCGCAAUUCCAGUGCCCAUUCAAAAGUCGAUAGUAGAAUCCGUCUCUUCUCCGCGUGCCGUCACCAUCCACCCGUCACCACUGCUAUUAUCAAUCGUCACUGCGUCCAAGCAUACCACACUAACAUUCGACAUUCGACAUUCGACAUUCGACAGCGCGCCAGAUACCAACAUCGCCUGGCUACCUCUUAUUGUUCAAGUCUGGUCAUUGCAGGAGCAGCAGUUGGCUUGCCUGCCUGCCUGCCUGCGCGGAAAGAGCAGGAACAUAGCAGUCGUCGCAGGAGUCGCAACCCACCAAAACCAUUGCAACUUCCCUCUACGUCAUGGAAGCCGUCGAUGCCCGUCAAAGGUUGGUCAAUCCACACACUUGUUCUCUCUCUACUUCUUUCCCUUCUUCCUCUUGUCUCAGCGCUUAACCAUGUGGUACAGCUCAGGCUUCGGCUUGCCUUCGAUCAAGGCCCUCGAGUCGGUGAAGCGCGAGGAUUUGGACCGGAAACCAUUAUAUCCUUUUCCUGUUCCUAACCUGUCUUCUGCGCCCACACAUCCUGCGAAUGUAGUCCCACCUUCUCCGCCACAGAGUAGGCGAACGUCCGGCGAUGAUGAAAAAUCACAGCAAAGAGACGCUCCGCGACAGUCGCUGCCAUCGAUACAUGAGCUCGCAUUCGAGGCGUCGUCCACGCCAAAGCCGUAUUUCCCUCCGCCGGCGACGUCCCCCGUCGAUCAACGAUCCAGGACAUUCACAAGCGACCAGCAUGCUAGACAAAAUUUUGGCAAUUCCUUCUCGCACCCGCGAAGUCCCUUCCUGGGCACAACCGCACCUACUGUGCCACCACCACCACCCCCACCACCUCUUCAUCAUCAACCUCAAACAGACCCGCUGCCACGUCCAUCUUUUCCGGAACCUCGAUCUUCGUUUUCAGAACAUAGACCAUCUUUCUCCACCCCGCCCCACAACCCCAAGUUGCCAACGUUACAUCCUCUACAGACGCAGUCUCCUCCCCCUCCUCCUCCAAAUCCCGCCCAAUCGAAUCACACUUAUCCAUCGUACCAACCACAGGGACCCUCAGCUCAUGGAUCUCCUGCCCCGCACUCCGCCGGUCCAACAAAUCAAGGCUAUCCGUAUUCCCAGUACCCCUCUAAUUAUCCCCUCUCAGCUCCGGCUCCCGGACCAACAAACUCUGGAUAUCCCUCGCCAGCAACUUUCUCAGCACCCCCUCGAACAUACCCUAACCCGUCUACCUGGCCAGAAAGUCGGGUGGAAGAGAAAAAACUCAAUCGUUCGAGCUUAGCCCCGUAUGGCGAGUCUGUUAAGAGGCAUCUCGAGAGUUUCGAUCUUGAAGCUUCCCUCAAUGAGAUGUCUGACGGUUCCGCUCGCAUCAGUACUUUCUCAAACAUGUAUCGUCAACGAGCUCACGAGACUCAAAGAAUCGGCAUGUCUCCUCAUUCAAUGCCUCGGCUGGAAGAGGUGGAUGAUAUGCUCCGGAACAGCGAGAAGAUUGUAAUGUCCCUGCAGCGCAUGCGCGAAGUCGUUUUCAAUCAUCAACAGGCGAGCUUAGUGGAAGCCCCGCAAGAUCCACGUCAACGACCGACGAACGGAUACGACUAUGAGACACAGAGCAAUUACAGUGAAGAAUCCAAAGGCGCCGGCGGAUUUGCUGGCCCUGACGGCAAAAAACGACGAGGUCGAGCCGCACCGCCUGGAAGAUGCCAUAGCUGCAAUCGUGCCGAAACCCCGGAGUGGAGGCGUGGCCCCGAUGGAGCUAGGACUCUCUGCAACGCGUGUGGCUUACACUAUGCAAAAUUGACGCGUAAGAUGGGUGGCAAGCAGGCCAUGACCUCGUCGAACCUACGACCGAAAUCACUCGACCAAGGAUCUCCCACAGCUUGACAACAGGUCACUCUUGUCUUGUAAUUCGUUUCUAGUGUACAGCAAAAGCCGGCGUAAUUGUUUCUGAGUUGAAACCUCCCUCGUUUACCUUCGAGCGACAGAUUCGCAUAUCUGGAGGUUGGCCCGAAUGUGCGGAAUUUCCAAGCACUGGGCUAUCUACUUUCUUUGGCGGCAUGUCAUGGGCUGACGACCUUCUGUUUCCCCUCUUUUCUUUGCAAGUUUUUUUUUUUUUUUGGCGUACGCAUUAUUAUGCAUUCAAGAACAGUUUCACGAGAAGUGAGCGGGCCCAUCUUACUAGAGAUGCAGAGGCUCUGUAAAUUAUUGGACUUAUU